UGUCUUAUUUAUUAUUAAAUUUAGGGCCGUGCUUCUUCCGUUCACACGCCAAAAUCGCCUUGAAGCUCAAGGUAUUGAAUUUGAUCGCCUGCGGCCGGGCGAUUGAUCAUUCCGGCCACCGAUAAAUCGUUCGAUCGCCGUCGUACCUCGGCACCAUUCGGGGAAGGGUAGUAGCCGGGGAGGGAAGAUGGUGCUGUCGCAAAAGCUACACGAGGUGUUCAAGGGGACGGUGGAGCGGAUCACGGGGCCCCGUACUGUCUCAGCCUUCAAAGAGAAGGGCGUCCUCAGCGUCUCCGAGUUCGUUAUCGCCGGCGACAAUCUCGUAGCUAAAUGCCCUACUUGGUCUUGGGAGGCGGGCGAGCAGAGCAAAAGGAAGUCGUACCUGCCUGCCAACAAACAGUAUCUCAUUACGAGAAACGUGCCUUGUCUAAGGAGGGCUAGUUCAGUGGAAGAAGAAUAUGACGCUGCUGGGGGAGAGUUUCUUCUUGGUGGUGAUGAUGACGAUGAUGAUAAUGAUGGUUGGUUGGCAACUCAUGGGAUGCCCAAAGGGACCAAGAGUGUUGAUGACGAAGUUUUACCUUCCAUGGAAUCUCUAGACAUCAGAAAAGAAGGGGCUAUCAAAUCUAUUCCCUCUUAUUUUGGUGGCGAAGAGGAGGAUGACAUACCUGAUAUGGCUGAUUACAAGGAUUCAGAAAAUUUUAUAGAGGCAGAUCCGGCCACCCUCCAGUCUACCUAUUUAGUUGCAACUGAACCAGAGGAUGACAACAUUCUUCGAACCCGAACAUAUGAUAUUAGCAUCACGUAUGACAAAUAUUACCAAACUCCUCGUGUGUGGCUAACAGGAUAUGAUGAGCGAAGGUGCCCUUUACAGCCAGAACUAGUAUUUGAAGAUGUUAGCCAGGAUCAUGCACGAAAAACAGUGACAAUUGAAGACCAUCCUCACAUGCCAGGGAAGCAUGCAUCUGUGCAUCCAUGUCGGCAUGGUGCUGUGAUGAAAAAGAUCAUUGAUGUUCUAAUUUCACGUGGAGUUGAACCAGAAGUCGAUAAGUAUCUCUUCUUGUUCUUGAAGUUCAUUGCUUCUGUGGUUCCUACUAUUGAAUACGACUACACUAUGGACUUUGAUCUCGGCAGCUCCAGUCAUUGAUCACAAAGUGGUCUGGUUGAUGACAGCAUGAAGUUGAACAAUAUGAAGCCGUGUUGGGGUCGAAUUAAAGCGACGAAGCGAGGAAACUAUUUAUCAUAUUUUAACACAUGAAUAUGGUCGAGUCAUUACACAUGCAUGCGUGCUUUUUUAAUGUAAAACGAGUGAAAGAAAACGUAGGCGGUUAAUGGCGUUAUUUGUAUAUAAUUGAUGUUUUAACCUUUCGAUUUCAUAAUCAUACUCUCUCUUAAGUAAA